GUAACAGGAGGAAAUACACAAUUCCCCAACUUUCAAGAACGUCUGGAGAGAGAGCUCCUUGCUAUCCGACCGUUCCAAUCUACAUUUAAAGUUUUCACGGCAGGUUCGUUGAAUAUUUUGCUUCUCUGUCAACACAAUGGUAGAUUAGAAUGCGCAAAGGCAACGUUCGGUAAAUGUACCUUAAAACGCUUCAGUCUUAUAAAAGAUAUUAAUUGAAAAGGGAAACUUUCAAAGUGAUUUUUGUCUCCAGAUACACAUUGUCCAUAACCCUGUCACGUGAUCCCACCGUUUGAGACUCUAAGGAUCCAAAUCGUGUGUAGUGAGAAUGUACUAUUGAGGUCUUCGACAGCUCAUGCCUUUAGUAGACAAGGGACGUCUGUGCUCAGGCUACCGUAUUAUUUCAAUAAAGCUUUUAUGGUUUUGAAAAUUCUUCUAACCUUUUUACUCACGUUUAUCCAGGUAACCCGGUGCUCGAUGCAUGGUACGGUGCUCGUAAAUGGGCAAGGACUCUCAGCAACAACCUACGGACAGUCAGUGUUACUAGGGAGGAGUAUGACGAGAAAGGCGGAGAAUAUCUCAAGGAACACUUCGCGUCAAACCUUUACGUAACUACCCCUUCCCAGUCAUAG